AUGGACGAACUUCCAUGGGAUCAGGUGAAAGCAGGAGACCUGGAGAGCCUGCAGGUCGUUCUCUUCUCCAGCUCGACUGUCCGCAGAACUCGCGCUCUUCAGGAUCUCCGUGAGAAAAUCGGGUCUGAUCUGCCGUUACAAACUCGCCAGCCCCUUCUCGGUCUUCUUUUGAAGACUUUCCCCCGAUACGUCGAUCGUCCCUCCCGCCAGGCCGUCCAGCAAUGUCUCCGUUCGCUGCUGAAGGCACCCGUCCCGACCGACGAUCUCAAAUAUCUCGCAUUGAAAUUGCGGGCUGAGGCUUCUAAAGCUAGUUUAGAUGCGGGUUCUGCCUUGGUUCUCGUCGAAUGGUGCUCAAUUAUCCUGCAGAUUCUCAAAGGUGACCCGGAGACACCGCUGUCUGUGGUGUUGGAGGUCAUUGCCCUAGAUGCCAGGGCCCUGGAGACCUGUCUGGCUGCACGCCCCAGGCCGCCAGUGAAACAGUCCGCUCUAAGAGUCACCAGGCGUGCUCUCCGUGCAGUCUUCUCCUCGAACACCUGGGGCGCCGAUGCAGUUCGUCAAUCCGUUCAACGGCUGACUAGCGAUGUGGUCGCUGGGCAGAAGAACGCACCAUUCCUCGGUGUGAUAUCCGGCGUCUGUGCGCGCAUCCCGGACAAGAAGGCUAUCCUAGAGGAGGAGGAAAAGAAGGCGAUAAUGACAUUUGUCACCAAGGAAUUGAUUGCAUCGAAGUCUGCACCACCCUCGCACAUUGCAAACUCCAUGUCCGACUUCUUCAUCUCGUUCGUUACUCAUGAUGAUAUUAUGUCGGAGCUGAUCCCGCCUCUCGAGAAAGCCAUCCUGCGGUCUCCAGAGGUAGUUUUCAGUGGACUGGUGCCAGCGCUGUUUUCAUCAUUGCCAGAAGAGAUCGAUCUAUCCGAGGUUCUCUUCUCUCGACUGCUGAAACACCUCCUAUCGAGCAUGAAAUCAAACAACCCUGCGAUCAGGCAAGGAGCCCUCGAGUCUUUUGAAUCGUUACUUUCUCGAUCUAAGACGGAAAGCUGGCUUGCGAAGAUUGUUAGCGAAGUCAUUAGUCCCCUGAAGACACAGAAGAUUACGAAUCCAGAACAACGUGCGAUAUAUGCUCAGGCGCUUUCCGCAGUCUCACCGUCAGUCGACCUAUCGAAGGAAAUUGUACAGGGCUUCGUACCGUUAUUCUCCCGCGAGUCCAAUGAGGCUGCCCUAGAAGAGGAGAUCAAGGCUUUUUCCAAGCACCUUACAUACCUCAUUCAAUCAAAGGCCAAAAUUAGUGACGAAGUGGUCAAUGCAAUUGUCAAGGGAUCUUCCGAUAAAAAGAUUCCUUUCCGAAAGCUGUGGCAGCUCAAUGUCGGCGAGGCGGUUUGGCAAGCUGAAUCUUCUACCCUAGCGAGCCCAGAGGUCGAGCCAUUUGUAACCAAAUUCUUGGACAAAUUGAAGGAUAUGUUCAAAGAGGUUUCAUCCAACCCACUGCCAUCGGCUCAAAGUGGAUCUCUUUCCACUGCCUACGUGUACCUCGCUCUCUCCGGACGAUUAUCUACGCUGGAGAAUUUCGAUAAGGCGGCCUGGGAAGAAACAGUCGGCCAGUCGAUGGUGCUUCAACCCAAGCCUUCCUUCCUCUUAAACCCGAAAGCUUACUCGAAGCUGACCUCCCAAGCGGAAGUCCAGUGGGUUGUGCGAACUCUUGCUUCAGUUCCCUCUGCGUCCAAAUUCGAGAAGGCCGAAACAGCAGCCAAGAGUGCAUGGGCUGAGGCAUUCAUAUACGCUAUCACAGCCCCAGGCCUCCAUAACAAGUUCAGAGAUGAAUCUGCUCGUUCGCUCUCCGGUGUACACCAAAAGGAUAUUGGAAGUAUGGGUCGAGUCGUUGUGGAUGCUCUCUGGGCUUGGAUCCUUUCCUUCAGGAGUGGAGAGAAAGAGUCUGCUGCAGUGUCUGCUGGUCCUCAGAGUGAAAAGUUCCUCCAUCUGAUUGCCAAGGCAAUCUGUCCUCCGGCUUCCAAUGAGGAGGCAUCGACCCAGACUGGGGCUGACCUGAAGACCCAACUUAUUGAAAUGCUAGUCCUUGCUCGACCGGAGUUGAUCCCAAAUGUUUCUUGGAUCGAUCUUUGUCUGAGAACUGGUACCGACCCUGGCAAUCUUGUCCGUGAAUUUCCAGAAAACUGUAUGAAGCAGUUGAUCCGGGUGCAAGAGGAUCCCGUUCAGUCUAAGGUUCCCCAAGUGGACGCCGCCAUGUGGAGUGCAGCAGGAGAUCUAGCAUUUGUGGCUCCGGAUGACAUGGUCCGUCAACUUGUCAAUCAGAUCAAGGACGAUUUGGAUGUUUCGCGCUCAUCCAAAUUUACCCCCGCAGAUGCGGCGAUUGCUAGAACUCCCGAAGGAACAAUGUUCGUUGAUGUGCUAAAUAAGUCAAAACAGCCUGCCUUCGAUAAGAACACCAAAGAUUACGACAUCCUCAAGUGGGAAGAGGAAAUGCGGACUCAGUUGGCCCUGAAAAAGGGCGAGAAACCGAAGAAACUCACCGCGGACGAACAAGCUAAAGUUAAAGCUCAGCUUGCAAAGGAAGCCAAGAUUCGCGAAGAGGUUCUACACGAAGCGAGAAGAAUUGAACGAGGCUGUGGCAUUAUUCAGGGUCUUGCCGCCGGUCCUGCUGUCGAUGCCGAUGGCUGGAUUAACACCGCUGUUACCUCGUUGCUGGGAUUGGCAAAAGCGGGAGCAGGAUUAUUCACCGGCGAUGUCAUUUCGAAAGCGUAUCUCAAAUGCUCGGAGAAGUUGACAUCACGUCUUGGUCCCCUGCGGCCUUUCGUGGGUGUUGCCACACUCCGGGCAACCGGCAAGACCUCGCUUCCUCUCGAGAUGGAGGCAGAGCCCCUUGGAAAGCUUGUGACAAGAAUUCUGUAUCGUCUGCGCUUCGCAUCUGAACAACGCCCUCUCGAUAAUGCAUCGCUGGCUUACGUUCUUCCCUUGAUUUUCAUGGUUCUCACGCGCAACGGUAUUGAGGAAGACAAGGGCCACGAAGAGGGUGAGCAGGUUUUGCUAGCCAUCGAGUUCCUGUCCUUCCACUCAAGUUCGUUCACGGAUGACCGUCUUCCUCGAGUCGAGGUUCUGAACCAAUUGAUUACCGCGAUGCAAAGAUAUACACAGCACUACAAACUUAUCAAGGACACUCUCUUUGACUUCUGCAGGGGUAUCUCGCCAAAUAUUCUCAAAGAAGAGCUGGGCAUUCUUCUCAAAGGCACGAUCGUUCCCGACACAUCCGUGCGGCUGUCGGUUCUGCAGGCUAUCGAAGCCGAAAUUGACCUGACUGACCUUGAUUUCUCUGAGCACAUUUGGCUCGAAUGUCACGAUCAGGCCGAGGAGAAUGCCGAGGUCGCUGAGAACAUCUGGGAAGAGAAUGCAUUGGAAAUUGACGAUUCUGCCUACGGCAAACUCAUCCCAUACCUUGACUCGCAGGACUCACAGCUCCGCGGAGCCGCCGCUCGUGCGCUGGCCCAUGCAAUCGAGUCCAACCCGUCCGUAUUUGAGGAUAUUGUCUCUCAACUUCAGUCAAAGUACGAAAUUGAGAUUCGGCCCAAGGAACCCGAAAAAGACAUGUAUGGAAUGCCAAAGAAAAUGGAUAUGAUCGACCAUUGGGAAUCCCGAAGCGGUAUUGCACUUGCUUUCGGGGCCAUGCAGAACUCCUUUGAGGGCGAGCAGAUAGUCUCGUUCCUCCGAUUCCUGAUUGAAAGAGGUCCACUCAUUGAUCGAAAUGCUGUAGUGAGGUCUCAAAUGGCCGAUGGCGGUAGGUCUGUCAUCGCUGCACGUGGUCAGCAGAAGGUGGAAGAAUUGAUGAGACUUCUGGAGACAACCUUGGAAACUUCAGACAAGGGAAGUGAGACGUCGGAUCUUCUUAACGAAGCCGUGGUUGUUUUGUAUGGAUCUCUUGCCCGUCACCUUAAAGCAGACGAUCCGCGCUUGCAAACAGUUAUCAAGAGGCUUCUUGCUACCCUUCCAACGCCUUCCGAAACGGUGCAAUCCGCUGUCUCUGAAUGUCUUCCGCCAUUAGUUCGACUUGCCGGCCCGCAAAGCGGGCAGUAUGUCCAAGAAAUGUUGGAUCAGCUUCUACAAUCGAAGAAGUAUGCCACUCAACGCGGAGCCGCUUAUGGACUGGCCGGGAUUGUCAAGGGCCGAGGUAUUACUACAUUACGCGAGUUCCAAGUCAUGUCCCACCUGAGAGCAGCCACCGAAAAUAAGAAGGAGCCACAUCAAAGACAAGGAGCUUUAUUAGCUUAUGAGCUUUUUGCAACCAUUCUUGGGCGCACCUUUGAGCCAUAUGUCAUCCAAGUGGUCCCGCAGCUUCUAGGCAGCUUCGGAGAUCCAAAUGCUGAUGUUCGUGAUGCUUGUCUGGAUACCGCAAAGGCUUGCUUCUCAAAUCUCAGCUCGUUUGGAGUCAAGAAGAUUCUUCCAACACUUCUUGAUGGCCUGGAUGACACUCAGUGGCGUAGUCAAAAGGGUGCCUGUGACCUUCUCGGAGCUAUGGCCUACCUUGACCCACAGCAGCUGGCGGCCAGCCUCCCCGACAUUAUUCCUCCGCUUACUGUCGUCCUUAAUGUUACUCACAAAGAGGUACGCAACGCUGCAAAUCGCAGUCUCCAGCGAUUCGGUGAAGUUAUUAGCAACCCUGAAGUCAAGUCCUUGGUUAGCGUGCUUCUGAAGGCCCUGAGCGACCCUACGAAGUUCACGGAUGAGGCGCUUGAUUCUCUUAUUAAGGUGUCUUUCGUCCACUAUCUUGAUGCACCGUCUCUCGCACUGGUCGUUCGUAUUCUCGAGCGUGGUCUUGGUGAUAGAUCGGCGACGAAGCGCAAGUCCGCCCAAAUUAUCGGCAGCUUAGCUCACCUUACCGAGCGAAAAGAUCUUAUUUCGCACCUGCCCAUUAUCGUUUCUGGUUUACAAUUGGCGAUUGUCGAUCCAGUUCCUACCACUCGUGCUACUGCAUCCAAAGCCCUUGGUUCGCUCAUUGAGAAGCUCGGAGAGGAUGCUCUGCCUGAUCUCAUACCCAACCUCAUGUCAACGCUUAAAUCAGACACCGGGGCUGGCGACAGAUUGGGUUCUGCUCAAGCUCUUUCGGAGGUUCUGGCGGGUCUGGGCACAACCAGACUCGAGGAGACUCUGCCAACUAUUUUGCAGAACGUGAGCAGUUCAAAGCCCGCUGUUCGGGAAGGCUUCAUGACGCUCUUUAUCUUCUUACCUGCUUGUUUUGGAAACAGCUUCGCGUCCUAUCUCAGCAAAAUCAUCCCCCCUAUCCUUUCUGGUUUGGCUGAUGACGUUGAGUCCAUUCGUGAGACUUCUCUCCGAGCUGGUCGUUUGCUGGUUAAGAACUUCUCUUCGAAGGCUAUCGAUCUGCUGCUUCCCGAGCUUGAACGCGGUCUUGCGGAUGACAGCUACCGCAUCAGAUUGAGUUCCGUUGAGCUGGUCGGUGAUCUUCUCUUCAGCCUUACUGGCAUCACGGCGAAGGUCGACGCCGAGGAAGAGCCCGAAGAAGCCAUCCAAGCCGGUCAGUCGCUGCUCGAAGUCCUCGGAGAAGAAAGAAGAAACAAGGUUCUGUCAUCCCUGUUCAUCUGCCGUUGCGAUACUUCUGGCCUUGUCAAGAGUGCGGCAAUGGGUGUCUGGAAAUCUCUUGUCGCCUCUCCAAAGACACUCAAGGAGAUGGUUCCUGCCUUGUCUCAGCUCAUCAUUCGACGCCUUGGCUCUUCCAAUAUGGAGCAAAAGGUUAUUGCUAGCAAUGCUCUUGGAGAUCUUAUCAAGAAGGCUGGAGAAUCUGUCCUUGCCACUUUGUUGCCUUCCCUUGAAGAGGGUCUACAAACUUCGCCAGAUGUGGACGUUAAGCAAGGUAUUUGUAUUGCGCUCAAGGAAAUCAUCAACUCCUCCUCCCCUGAAGCCCUUGAAGAUUUUGAAAAGGUUCUCAUCUCAACCGUUCGGGUGGCGCUGGUUGAUCAUGACGAAGAUGUUCGCGAAGCGGCUGCGGAGGCCUUCGAUGCCCUACAACAGAUCCUGGGCAAGAAGGUAGUGGACCAGGUUCUGCCCCAUCUCUUGCUCUUAUUGAGAAACGACGAAGAUGCCGAGCAGGCGUUGUCGGCGUUGUUGACUCUGCUCACCGAGCAGACCCGCGCCAACAUCAUCCUACCCAACCUUAUCCCUACUCUUCUCACAUCCCCUGUCUCGACAUUCAAUGCUAGAGCUCUUGCUUCCCUGGCUGAGGUUGCUGGCUCUGCAAUGUCACGUAGACUACCUACCAUUUUGAACACGCUUAUGGACAACAUUAUCUCAUGCACAGAUGAUGAACAGCAAGAAGAAUUGAGUAGCGCAUUUGACACCAUCUUGGUGUCUGUGGAUGAAUUUGACGGACUCAACGUGAUGAUGAGCGUGAUGAUGACCCUUAUUAAACAUGAUGAUCAUCAUCGCCGCGCACGCGCAGCUAUCCACCUGAAGAAGUUCUUUUCGGAAGCAGAAAUCGAUUUCUCCAGGUACCAUCAAGAUCUUAUUCGCGUCCUGCUCAUUUCUUUCGAUGACAGCGACAAGGAUGUUGUCAAGGCCGCAUGGGGAGCCCUUGCCGAGCUUACAUCUCACUUGCGCAAGGAGGAGAUGGAGGUUCUCUCCGUAUCCACGCGCCAGAUCCUCAGGGGCGUUGGAGUGCCCGGAGCGGACCUUCCUGGCUUUGGUUUGCCAAAGGGUAUCACAGCUGUCCUGCCCAUUUUCCUCCAGGGCUUGCUCAAUGGCAGUGUCGAACAACGUACCCAAUCUGCCCUGGCAAUUGCCGAUGUUAUCGAUCGUACAGCCGCGGAUUCAUUGAAGCCAUUUGUCACUCAAAUUACGGGUCCGCUUAUCCGUGUUGUUUCCGAGCGCUCAGUGGAUAUCAAGUGUGCUAUCUUCUUCACGUUAAAUAAACUCCUGCAGAAGAUUCCUCUGGCUGUUAAGCCAUUCUUGCCCCAGCUUCAAAGGACAUUUGCUCGUGGUCUAGCCGAUCAGACUAGUGAGACUUUGCGCAACAGAGCGGCCAAGGGUCUUGGAAUCCUAAUCACGUUAACACCCAGGGUCGAUCCUCUUAUUGCCGAACUCAUUACGGGAACAAAGACAGCCGAUGUUGGCGUGCGAAAUGCAAUGAUGAAAGCUCUCCAGGAAGUAGUGGGCAAGGCUGGUUCAAACAUGAGCGAGGCUUCGAAGAACUCAAUUCUCUCGCUGAUCGAUGAUGACGCGAGCGACCAAACUGAUACCGUUGCAAUCACAAAUGCCAAGUUGCUCGGAGCACUUGUAAAGGUUCUUCCUCCGGCUACUGCAGGCCCGCUUAUCAAGGGACGCGUUCUCUCUGCAAAUUUCUCUCACGCGUCAAUACUGGGACUCAAUGCUUUGCUUGUUGAAUCUCCCUCGUCCCUGACAGAGCAAUAUGCUACAGAGACUCAAAACUUGAUAUGCCAGGGGGUCACCCACAAGGAUCCCUUCAUUUCAGAAAACAGCGUCAUCGCCGCUGGAAAGUACCUGUUGCUUGAGGAACAACAUAGCUUCGAAACCAACAAAGCUAUCUUUGAGGCCUUGGCACCUUGCAUUCAGCCAGGCACACCUUCCGACACCCGCCGGUUGACGUUGGUUGUGAUACGUACAGUGAGUCGACUUCGCCCAGAGUUAACCCGGCCCCAUCUCGCCCUUCUCGCGCCACCCAUCUUUGCCAGCGUUCGCGACCCGGUUAUCCCUGUCAAGCUGGCAGCAGAAGCUGCCUUCCUGUCCAUCUUCUCGGUGGUGGACUCGGAAAGUGCAGUCUUUGACAAGUAUAUGGCUGGGCCGGGUGCUGAACUGGCUCCUGGACCUAAACGGAGUAUGUCGGAUUACUUCAAGCGUGUUGCGCUUCGCCUUGCCAAUCAGGCCCGAGAGCGAAAGGAGGCUGAAGGUGGACAGGGCGGACUGGGUCUUUCCAAUGACGAAGUGGAGGAUGAAAGGGAAGUGUGGAGCGUUGGAAAGGUCGAGCUUGAGGAGGGGUCAUUUGGCGAAGAGUGA